ACUUUCUCGUUCUAGUGCCAUUUUUGAGACAUAAACUUCAAAAAGUGCUAUUAUUGACAAUUGCCCUUAAUCUAAUUCAACCUAUAUUCUUCUCUGAUCAUUGUAUCUCUGAGGAAUAAUAAUCAAUAUAAAUUCUUAAAAGAUAAAUGUUAUUUCGUUCAGACAAGAAUUAUGCAUAUGCUUGUUAGUUCUUUAUGUUAUAUACACAUCUUUUACUUUAUCCACUACAUUAUUUCACUACUCAUACUCAUGUAUGUUGUUUUAAUCGUAUACAACAUUAACUAAAAACAACCGAUAAAAACCUGACAUGUAAAUCGUAAAAAAAAAAAAAAACAGUUGUGAAUGAUAUAGAGGAACCGGUAAAAACUUAAGAUGGGCCUUAUUUCUCGGCCCAAAUGCAGCCUACAUGGGUAAGUUAUUUCUCCUACUCGCGCAACCUAGCAGAGCGCGUGGAUCUAACUAUUCAAGGAGCGUGGUUUCCCAAAAUUCAAAUUUAAAACAUUUUCAUCCCGCCACACUACACCAGUUGUGUUAUACAGACGCUUCCCAUUCCCUUUGACCUACAAAAAAAAAAAAAAACUAAAGACGCUUGCUUCUCUUGUUAGCUUCAAAUCUCUCAACUCUCUCUGAUCAGAUUAUGGUGUAAGCAAUCACAACAUCAUAGAUGGAUUUUCAUGCAAUGAAUCGGAAAAAUCUACAAAUCCUAUGUAAAAAGCAUGGGAUCCCUGCGAAUCUCAAGAACAUCGAGAUGGCUAAUCGACUCUCUUCUCUUAUUAUCCAGAAGGAAGAGGAGGAGGAGGAGGUAGUCGCUAGUAGAAAAGCUAAGAAAGUAAGAUUCAGUCCCGAGACUGAUAAUCAAGUUUUCGAAUUCACUCGAUCUGUGAAGAAGAGUGUUAGAACGCGUAAAGCUCCUCAGCUAGGUGGAUGUAUAGAGCUAAGGAGGUCGAAGCGAAGUGUGUCUAAGGGGAUAGGUGAUGAUGGAGAUGAUGUGUCAAACUCGAUAAGUUCUGUUGGUAGUGUUCAAGAUGACGGUUUAUUACCUGGAGAUAUAGAUAUUCAGGAGGAGAGACGGUCCACGAGACUGGCGGCUAGAAUUGAGAAAGCAUGCGUGGAAGGUGGGACAUCUAAGGCGGUAGCUUUAUUACCUGCUGCUAAGCGGUCAAAGCGAAGUGGCUCUGGUGGUAGUAGUACUCAAGAAGAGGGUGAAGAUAAUGAUUUGAAUGCUCCAGAACGGGUUGAAGAUAGAGAUGUCCAGGGUGGGAGACGGUCCAGGCGACUGGCUGCUAAAACUGAGAAAUCAUCUGAGGAAGGUGGGAUGUCAAAGUCGGUGACUUUAUUACCUGCGGCUAAGCGGUCAAAAGGGCUUGUGGAUGUCGCUAGCAAAGAGGAAGAAAAGGAAACAGGAGAACAAUAUAGGAAGGGUGGUGAUUCUAAAGUUGAAAUGGUGCGUAGACGGUCUAUGCGGUUUGUGAAUGAGCAGACCAGUGCUCAGGAUCAGAGAAGGUCAGUGAGGCUUAAAGCUAGUGUGGAGAAGACAUUAGUAGGUCAAGCAAAGAAUGAUUCAGUUAAGGCUUCAAGAGUAGUUAAAGGGAGUCUAGUUGAUAAGAAGACGGAUGAGAAUCUUGUCAAAUCGAAAAGAGUUACUAGAAAUAUGAAGCGGGGCAGAUCAGGAGAGCCAGAGGUGGACAUUGGAGCUGCAUCAAACCAAAGCAAUCUGACGCUUAAGAAGACUUUGAAUGAGUUCGCUCACUUUGAGCAAGAAGAAGCUUGUGGAGCUGAUGUUAAAGUUGGAGGCUCUUCCAAGAAUCAAGAAUGCAUCAAGGAUAAGCCAGAAGGAAUAGUAAUAAUUGAGGACUCACCUUCUUUCUCCCAAGCCAAAGCUGCCGAACCUGUUAGGAUGCUUGAGAAGGUUUUAGACCCUACACUGGAUAAGUCAGAUGAUAGUUCUCAAAGGUCAAACAUCCGAGAGAUUAAUCGUGAACGUAUGGAAGAAGAAUGUGAAGAGAAACUUGAGCGAGAGACAGUUUCUAUGCCCCUGAUGGAGGAGGAAAGAGAGGAAGUAUCACCACGCUCUCUAAGCAGCCCAAAAGAUAAGCUACACGUCCCUACUGGCCAUAUCAUUGUUAAGGAUAGUGCUUCAACAGUUAUAGUAGAGGAAAGUACCAAAACAAAGGACGAAACCCUUGUUUACUCUCCUGUAUCUGAGCUUAAGGAGACUAGCUCUAUAGCUAAGUUAACAAACGUUAAAGGAAGUCUGGAAAACUCAACUGAACGUUGGAAAGAGAUUCACUCAGGCAAAGAUGAUGAGAAAGGUUCCUUGGAGAAUGUACAAGCAGAAAAUUUGCAUGGGAACGUUUCUGAAUGCAACACUGAGAGUAGCAGUGCAGAAGAAGAAAUGGAGAUUAGUAAGAUCGGUGGUCUGAGUGUUGCUCACUGUGUAAAUCUUAUACCAGAAAAACUUUUGGGUGAGUACUCUCAGUUAGAGCCAGAAGAAGCAGAGCGGCCUAACGUGGAAGCUAGAAGCUCUUCCCAGGAAGUGAAGAAGAUAAUGGCUAAAGAAUUCGUAAAAGAUAAGCCACAAGAAAUGGCUGAGGACUCACCUUCUACAUCUGAAACCAAAGCUACAGAACCUACUGUGAUUUCUGAGAAUGUUUUGGAUUCUACACGGACAGUGUCAGGUGAGACGUCAGCGGUGAGAAACAGUCACGAGUUGAAUUCUGAAGUUUUGGAAGAAGGACGUGAAGAGAAACAUGAGCAAGCCAUGACUAAAAAAGACAAAGGGGAAACAUCAUCACUCUCUGAAUUUCUUACUGAGCGCUCAGAAGUGAAAACCUGCCUAGAUAACCGCAUCACUAGCUGUUCUCUAUCUGUGGAAGCUACUUUGUCUCCUGCUUCAGUACAAUUUGCAAUGAGCAACCCGGAAGCCGAUCUAGGCGUGCCUACUGGCAAUGAUAUUGUUUCGACGGUUAUAACCAAGGAGGAAACUCUUAUUUUAACCCCUACAUCUGAACUCAAGGAGGAUAAAUCUGUUGCUAAGAUAUCAAAAGUAGAAGCAAUCCGGGGAAACUCAGCUGAAUGUUGCAAAGAGGAUGAAAAAGGUUCCUUGGAGAAGGAUGUCCAAGCAGAAAAUUUGCAUGUAAACUUUUCUGAAUGCAACACUGAGAAGAGCAGCUCAGAAGAAGUGGAGAUUAGUAAGGACGGUUGUAAGAGUGCAAAUCUGACGCCAGAGAAACUUUUGGAUACGUACACUCAAUUGGUGCCAGAAGAAGCAGGGGGACCUAAUGUGGAAAUUAGAAGCUCUUCCAAGAAAAUGAAGAUAGUGAGUUCAGAAUGCCUAAGAGAGAAUCCACAAGGAAUGGCUGAGGAGUCGGCUUCUACAUUCGUGACCAAAACUGCAGAAACUCUCAUGUUGUCUGAGAAUUUUUCAGUUGAUAUUUCACCGGUGGGAAACACUCAAGAGUUGAAUCAUGAACUUAGGGAUGAAGAACGUGAAGAGAAACAAGAGCUAGACAUAGUUCUGGUGGCUGAGACAGAGAAGGAGAAAAAGAAAGCAUCAUCACCAUCUGAGCUAUUUGUGGAAACCACUCCACCUCCUCCUUCUUUAGUACAGAUAGCAGUGAGCAACCCUGAAUCCGAGCUAAGUGUGCCUACUGGACAUAUCCUUGGUAAGGAUAUUGUUUCAGCAUUUAUUGCUGAGGAAGCUAUUAAAACCGAGGAGGUUUCUAAAUCUGUGCAGAGCUUUGUAGCUAAAUUUGCAGAAACAGAUGCAGCCCUUGAAAAUUCAGCUGAAUGUUGGAACGAGAGUCUUUCAAGCAAAGAUGAUGAUAGAGGUUCCUUAGAGAAGGAAAAACAAUCAGCAAAGCGACAUGGAAACUUCUCUGAAUACAACGCUGAGAAUAGCAGUGCAGAAGAAGAUGCAGACAUCUGUAAAGUUGGUCGUAUUAGCGCUGGUCAUUGUGUAUACCGGGAGAAGCUCGAUGAGGUCGAGGAUGAGAGUCUAAUGAAAUCUGUGCAAACAAUUUCUAGUGAGAGAGGUUGUAAACCAAAUCCGUUGGUGCUAAGUGGAUCGUUGUCAACUGAAUUUGCUUCUCACUCACCUAAGGAAGAGAACGUUUCAGAGUGUUUGGAGGAAGAGGAAAUGAAAGCUUUAUCCCAACCUACACCAAUAAAUAAAGCUGCUAGCAACGAACUUGACAGUUCAUCUCUAUUCACUACCCCCGAGAGGAACUUGAUGUUAAUGGAGCAGCUCAGCGAAAGUGGAAAGAUCUGUGAAGCUCAUAUAGUGACCCAGCACAAUGAUGAAGUAGUAGAGUCUGCUGUUUUCACAACUCCUGAAAUUUUUUUACUGCUGGGUGAUUCUGGGCUGGGAAAGGAAGAGGAGCAUACAACCACAGACUUUCCUGAUGAAUCUGAUAUUCUCAAUACCAGCCAAAAUGAAGCUUCUAAUGAAGGAGAAAGAAUAGAGGUUGAGCUUCAUGACGAGCCUAACAUUGCCGCUAGCCCACUGAGACAAUCCAGUGUAGGAGACUUCAAAGAAGAUAGAAACGAAAGGAAUGAAGAAAAUCGGACUGUUGAGCUCCAUUGUGAAUCCGGCACUUGCACUGGACAGGAUAAACAUGAUGGAGCAGAGAAUAAUGGAGGAAACAAAGCUAUGGAGUUAUAUGAAGAAUCUGUUGUUUUCACUGGUCUGGAGGAGAGGCGUGAGCUUUUUGGGGAUUCUAGAGAAGAUGAACUCAAGAUGGAUGCAGAGUUCUAUGAGGAAGCUGGAUUAUCCACUGAGAUGCACAAAGAUCUACCUUUAGCAGACCCUGAACUAGGCAAAGCAGGAUGGCUAGAAAUUAAUAAUGAUGACAAGUCAGGUAGCCUGGAGGGGCAAUUGUUAUAUGGAUACUCUGAACAAAAGAAAACAAAAAAGGCGCCUGCAGAGUUUCAUGAUGAGUCUGCUGUUCCCAGUAUUCCAGAAAGACAUCCAUUCCCGGAAGAGUCUGAACUGGAAGAAGCUGCAAAAAGUGAAGAAAACAAUGCUUUGGAAUCGCAAGCUGACUGUGACAACUUCACUGCCGCCAUCGUAAAUGCUAAGUCUCAUGAUGUGUCCGAUGUUCUCACUGCUUCUGAAAGCCACUCUAUUAUGGGAGCCUUUGAGCCAGAUGGAGAAGAAAACAAGGAUGUGGAAUUGUUGGGUGAAUCUAACAUUUCCACAAACGAAGAGUCUGGACAAGAUGGAAAGAUAAAAUAUAAUACAGCAGCCACUUGCGAAGAGUCUUCUUUUUUCAUUUCUGCAGAGAGACGACACCAUCUAGGAAACACUGAACCACACACUGCUGGAAAGCAAGAACGAAAGGAAGUGGAGUUCAAGGACGAGUCUGCCUUCUUCACUAGGCUCGAGACUCGUUUACUUUUGGGAGAGUCUACUCAGGACCGUUUUGAUAAUGGCAAGUCUGGCUCAGCCAAGUAUCAAAUCCAUCAUGCUUCUUCUCCCAAAGUUAUUUUGAAGGAUGACAGUGUGGUUCGAGAAUGUCAAGUUGCAGCUCCAGAUUUCAGAGAAAACACUAUUGUUGAUUCAAGUGGUAGUAUCGCAUCCAAAGUUUCUUAUAGCCAUGAGUUUAGUGCGAUGGAAGAAACUGCAGGUCAAGAGUUUAUGCCAAAAGCUUCUCAUGCAGAAAAUGUUGCAGGUCUAGAUGCCAUACAAGGGUCAUCAAAGCAAAGCAGAGGGAAUUCUCCACAUGUUGACACAUGCCAUUCUAUGGAGGCUGGCACUAUCAUGGAUGCAGAAAGAAAUGUUUCCUUCAGCUCCUCCAAUGUUCUUGCCUUACCAGCCAAAGGUAAUUCCGAGACAAUUGGUGACAUUUCCAACCACAUAGAAGUUGCUGGAACCUGGUCGUUGGUGUCUGAAGAAUCUGGCCCUUCCACAGACAUUCAGAACCAUAUAAAUGACGCACUGGAGGAGGAACUGGCAGUAACAGACAACAACAAAGCAGACGAGCUCAUAGAAGCAAAAGUAACAAAGAACGUGGACUCUUCAGGUGGCUCUGAUAUCUCUGGAAAGACAUGCGUCUUAGCUGUAACAGAGGAUGAGCACUUAUGUUACAAUUCUGAAGUAGCUGGUCCUGUUGAUACUGCAUUUGAGAAAGACAUCUCUCUGACUCCUGAUGAAUCCGCUCUUCAGAAAAACAAGAACCAAGAAGAAAUAUCUGCAGAUGAUGAAAUGCUUAAGAGAGAAGAUACUCCCAGUCCUGCAGAGACCUUUAAUGAGUCAUCGGAAAACAUUGGUGAAUCAUCUGAGAAGCAAGUAAGAAGAGAACAAGUCUUGAUUUACAGAACACAAGCGAAGCCUAAAAGGCAUGAUAUGAAAGAGAAUGCACCAAAGUCAAAGAUUGUGGACAAUCUUAACGUAACAGCUCCAAGGACAUCGAAGAGACAGCCGCUCCAAGACUUGAGGAAGAACUAGAAAGACACAGAGAAUCGGCAUAUCUCAUGCACGUUAAUGGUUUGUCUCAAACUUCCCUUAUUUGCUUUGUGACAUGUACGUCUAGUAAACCUUUCAAACUUGUUUUAUUUGCCUGUGUGUUUUCAAAUAAUUAAAAACCACUCUGGCUUUUGAUUUAUUGUGCAACAAAAGUUACCAUUAAAAUAAUUAGUUGUAUAUUGUAAACAAAGGUCAGAUAAAAACAUAUCCCAGAGUC